AAAAAAAGUGACGUUUGUGACGUUUCGUGAACAAACGUCAAGUCAUUUUUAGGUUAUGUUGUGUUUGUGAAUUUAAAAUAGAAGAUUAUCUAUUAUCAGGUAACGCAAAAUGGCACUUUUGGAAUACUCGGACUUAAGUCACGCUGGGGGCCCCUUUCGCAGCGUACACCGGUGCCAUAAAUGUCCCUAUUUCUCAACUAGGACUUUUCUGAUGGUAAACCACGCCCGACGCCACCUCCUACCAUUAACACCUUUUGACUGCGAAAGUACCAAUAUUGAGACAUAUUUCUGCAAAGACUGUGCCUUCCACACUGACCUAACCCUCGAUUUUAACCACCACCUUAAAAGUUUUCAUGGAAUUAAAAAAGAAAGCAAUGUUGUGUCAAUCCAGCAGUACGUUUGUCAAAAUUGCGACUUUCAAACCGACUCGGCGGUUAAAGGCCUUCAACACAAUACCGAAUGUCUAAACCAACAAAAAAUUGAAUGGUACGAAUGUCAAAAGUGCCCAUAUAAAGGUAAAUCGCGUAACAAUUUAAGAAGACAUGUAAAGACGUGCCAUAUCAGUGAAGAAGACAUCAUAUGGUACAAAUGCACCAAAUGCCCAUACGUCGCUAAACAAAAAGUCCAUUUAAAAAGACACAUAGUCGCACACCACGUGGACGAAAAAGACAUCAAGUGGUACGAAUGCGACCAGUGCCCUUACAAAUCCAAGUACAAACAUUGCUUAAAUCGCCACAUCUACGCCCUCCAUUCCGACGAACGCGACAUUAAAUGGUACAACUGCACCAAAUGCAAUUACAAAGCUAAAGAAAAGUCGAAUUUAAGUCAGCACAUAAUUGCGCGACACUUGGACGAAAAGGAUGUUAAAUGGUAUGAAUGCAAACAUUGUAAUUAUAAAGCCAAAUAUAGACCGUCUUUAAUCAGUCACAUAAAUGCGCGCCAUUUGGAUGCACAGGAUAUUAAAUGGCACGAGUGCAACAUGUGUGCAUACCGGGCUAAAGAAAAAGGUACCUUGAAGUAUCACAUUCGGGCGCACCAUAUGGAAGAGCGGGAUAUACAGUGGUAUGAAUGCAAAAAGUGUCCCUAUAAAACUAAACAUAAGUCGGGUUUGAGCAAACAUAAUAACGCGCGACAUAUGAACGAAAAUGACGUGAAGUGGUAUGGGUGUGGGAAAUGUACAUACAAAACCAAAAAUAAGGCGAAUUUGAGUAGGCAUAAUAUUUCGUGGCAUUUGGGCGAAAAGGAUGUGAGUAAUGUUAAAUGAGAUUGUAGUGUGAAAAUUUGUAAAUAAAAGUUUUACUGUACGACGAGCGGCACAGUGAAUAAAUAAAUAAAUAUC